CCGGCCCCUCUAUCCAGCCCCGUACACGGGAGAGUGCGGUAGAGCUCACUGCAGUCCCCCGCCCUGAGUAACGUCCUAGCUACCGAGAGCCCACCGGGGAACAGGAUUCAGGGCGCCUCCGUGCACUUUAUUUCUACCUCUAUGACUUGUUAGAAACUUCUGCUGGCAAAUCAGUGUCUCCCUCUGCGUAAAGGGACCCACAGAACAGGUCCUCAAGUUGUGGGAAAGUGAUUAGAGUCUGUGCUGUUUGUGGAAGUGCAGGCGUUAUCCUGAGGAUUUGGUGCUAAGUACCUGGAACCUAUCAGAGAUCCCGUUAUCGGUUCUCUGCUCACCGGACUUUCUGCAGCUCAUAUCUUCGUGAGGCUGCCCCCGUUUGCCCGGUAGGAUGCGGCCUCCAGUGUUGCUGUCCCUGUUACUUUUAUCAGGGGUAGCCUGGGCCGCUAUGGAUGAUUGCACGGACCCUGCAACAGGUCGGCCCCAGCGCUGUAUGCCAGAGUUUGUUAACGCCGCUUUUAAUGUGACUGUGGUGGCCACUAACACCUGUGGCUCCCCGCCCGAGGAAUACUGCGUGCAAACCGGGGUCACCGGAGUGACCAAGUCCUGCCACCUGUGCGACAGCAGCCAGCCCCACCUGCAGCACAGCGCCGACUUCCUCACCGACUAUAACAACCAGGCAGAGACCACUUGGUGGCAGAGCCAGAGCAUGCUGGCCGGGAUCCAGUACCCCAACUCUAUCAACCUGACACUGCACCUAGGAAAGUCCUUUGACAUCACUUACGUGCGUUUGAAAUUCCAUACGAGUCGUCCAGAGAGUUUUGCCCUGUAUAAAAGGACGCAAGAAGAUGGUCCCUGGAUACCCUACCAAUAUUACAGUGGGUCUUGCGAGAAUACCUACCAUAAAUAUCACCGCGCCUUUAUCCGCACUGGGGAAGAUGAGCAGCAGGCACUUUGUACUGAUGAGUUUAGCGACAUCUCCCCACUAACAGGCGGUAAUGUGGCUUUCUCCACGCUUGAGGGCCGCCCUAGUGCCUACAACUUUGAUAACAGCCCUGUACUGCAGGAAUGGGUUACUGCCACAGAUAUCCGUGUAACACUGAACAGGCUCAACACGUUUGGUGACGAAGUGUUCAGCGACCCCAAGGUGCUCAAGUCUUACUAUUACGCCAUAUCUGACUUUGCAGUAGGAGGCAGGUGCAAGUGUAACGGACACUCCAGUGAGUGUGUGCGCAACGAGUUUGACAAGCUGGUCUGCAGCUGUAAACACAACACGUUUGGCAACGACUGUGAGAAGUGUUUGCCAUUCUUUAAUGACCGUCCCUGGAGAAGAGCAACAUCUGACAGCGCCAAUGAGUGCCUGCCCUGUAACUGUAAUGGUCGCUCUCAAGAAUGUUACUUCGACCCCGAGCUUUACCGUUCUACUGGUCAUGGCGGUCACUGUAGGGGCUGUACUGAUAACACUGAUGGACCAAACUGCGAACGCUGCCGUGAGAACUACUACCGACAGGGCAGCGAAGAACCGUGUCAGGCCUGCCACUGCAACGCUGUGGGCUCGCUAAGCACGCAGUGUGACAACUAUGGACGUUGCAGCUGUAAACCAGGUGUGACGGGAGAGAAAUGUGAUCGAUGCCAGCCUGGCUUCCACUCUCUCACAGAGGCCGGGUGCAGACCCUGUGCUUGUAAUCCUGCCGGCAGCGUUGAUGAAUGUAAUGUAGAAACCGGACGUUGUGGCUGCAAGGACAAUGUGGAGGGAUUCAACUGCGAGAGGUGUAAACCUGGGUUCUUCCAUCUGGAUGCAGCCAACCCCCGAGGGUGCACACCCUGUUUCUGCUACGGUCACUCAUCAGUUUGCAGCAAUGCAGAAGGUUUUAGAAUUGUCAGCAUCACCUCCACGUUUGAAAGCGGUGUGGAAGGCUGGGUGGCGCAGCAGAGGGACGGAUCUGACUACUCUCUCACCUGGAUCUCUGAGAGCGACGCAGUGUCCGUUACUUCUGAAAGCUAUUUCCCUAUUUACUUCAUUGCACCAGCAAAGUUCCUUGGAAAUCAGGCACAGAGUUAUGGACAGAACCUUACAUUCAAGUUCCGUGUGGAACGCCGGGAUACGCGUCUCUCUGCAGAGGAUCUGGUACUGGAAGGGGCUGGGCUCAGAGUAUCUGUCCCUUUGAUCGCUCAGGGAAACUCUUAUCCCAGUGAAAAUAGUCUGCAAUAUGUAUUCAGGAUGCACGAAGCCACUGAUUAUCCGUGGAGACCAUCUUUAUCCCCCUUUGAGUUCCAGAAGAUGCUGCAAAAUUUGACAGCCAUUAAGAUCAGGGGAACCUACAGCGAGCGGAGUGCCGGGUUUCUAGAGGAGGUGACCUUGGUGACUGCCCAGCGAGGUGGCAGUGGUGCUUCCGCCCAAUGGGUGGAGGUUUGCACCUGCCCCACUGGAUACGUCGGACAAUUCUGUGAGAGCUGUGCCCCUGGCUACCGAAGAGAGAACCCCAGUUUGGGACCUUACAGCCCAUGUGUGCUCUGUACCUGCAAUGGUCACAGUGAUACAUGUGACUCGGAAACUGGUGUAUGCGAGUGCCAGCAUAACACAGCAGGUCCCAAUUGUGAGAGGUGCAGUGAGGGUUAUUAUGGUGACAGCACCGCUGGCACCAGCAAGGACUGCCAGCCUUGUCCCUGCCCUGGUGGCUCCAGCUGUGCUAUGGUACCGAGGACCAAGGAAGUUGUCUGCACCAACUGUCCACUGGGAACUACAGGAAAGAGGUGCGAGCUAUGUGAUGAUGGCUUUUUCGGAGACCCCCUGGGUGAGAAUGGGUCCCCCCGGCAGUGCCGAGCUUGUGAUUGCAACAGCAAUAUUGAUCCCAAUGCUGUCGGAAACUGUGACCGCCUGACUGGAGAGUGUCUGAAAUGUAUCUACAAUACAGCUGGGUUUUACUGUGACCGCUGUAGAGACGGCUUCUUUGGAAAUCCACUGGGACCAAACCCUGAUCUAAAGUGCAGAGCCUGCAACUGUAACUCAUACGGCACCGUGAGAGGACAGAGCAGUUGUAAUCAGGUGACCGGGCAGUGCGAGUGUCUCCCUAACGUCAUCGAGAGGGAUUGUUCCGCAUGUGAGCCAGGAUUCUACAACCUGCUUAGUGGGCUUGGCUGUGAGAGAUGUGAGUGCCAUCCCCUAGGUUCCACUAAUGGUCAAUGUGAUAUCCGUACUGGGCAGUGUGAAUGCCAGCCAGGCAUUAGUGGGAAACGGUGUCAGCAUUGUGAACCUAACCACUUUGGCUUCGGACCAGAAGGCUGCAAACCAUGUGACUGUGAUCCCGAGGGCUCGCUUUCCCUGCAGUGUAAGGAUGACGGGCGAUGCGAGUGUAAGGACGGCUUUGUGGGUACCCGUUGCGACCAAUGUCAGGAAAACUAUUUCUAUAACAGAUCAGGCCCUGGGUGCCAGGAAUGCCCAGCCUGCUACCGCUUGGUUAAGGAUAAGGCGAUAGAGCAGAGGGAGAAACUGCAGGAACUGGAGGAGCUUCUGAAAAACCUGGGGACUGGAGAUGAAACUGUGACAGAUCAGGGUUUCGAAGAACGGCUGCGAGAAGCAGAAAAGGCCGUGAGUGACCUCCUCCUGGAUGCGCAAAGCAGCAAAGAUGUGGAUCAGGGUAUGCUGGAUCGGCUGGGAGAGAUAAACUCCACACUAAGUUCCCAACUGGAGCGUCUGCAGAACAUCAGAGAUAUGAUCCGUGAUACAGAUAAGCAGGCGCAGGAAGCCCGAGACCGUGUGGAGAGCACAGAGCUGAUAAUUGAUUCUGCAAGAGAACAGUUGGAGAGAGCCAAAGUAGCUAUUGCUAAUGUGACCAUUACGCCACCAGACACCACUGGAGAUCCCAAUAAUAUGACACUACUGGCAGAGGAAGCUAAAAGACUAGCUGAGAGACAUAUGCAAGAAGCAAACGAGAUCGAAAAAGCAGCGAAGGAAGCCAAUGAAACCGCCAACGAAGCGUACCGUUUAUUACUGAAAACUCUUGGUGCAGAGAACCAGACGGCAGCAGAGAUUGAAGAACUUAACAAGAAGUAUGCGCAAGCGAAGAAUAUUUCCCGUGAGUUGGAGAAACAAGCAAGUAAGGUACAUGCAGAGGCUGAGGAGGCAGGAAACCGGGCACUUCAGAUUUAUGCCAACCUGACCAGCGUCCCUUUAAUCGACACAGCUGCUUUACAGGCGGAGGCAGGGAAGAUUCAGAAAGAGGCCGAGGAGCUGGAUCUGCUGAUUGACAGAAAGCUGCAAGACUACGAUGAUCUGCGGGACGAUAUGAGGAGCCGGGAGCUUGAAGUUAAAAAUCUGCUGGACAAAAGCAAAACUGAACAGCAGACUGCAGAUCAACUUCUGGCCCGAGCUGAUGCGGCGAAAGCCCAGGCAGAAGAGGCAGCAAAAAAAGGACGUACAACGUUACAAGAGGCUAAUGAAAUAUUAAAUAAUCUAAGAGAUUUUGACAAACGUGUGAAUGACAAUAAAACAGCAGCAGAAGCUGCGCUACGGAAGAUCCCUAUGAUAACGCAAACCAUUGCUGAGGCCAACAACAAAACACGACAUGCAGAGAGUGCACUGGGAAACGCAAAUGCCGAUGCACUAGGUGCGAAAAAUAAGGCAGAGGAGGCAGAGAAGAUAGCAAAUGCCGUCCAAAAGAAUGCUGCCAAAACAAAGGAAGAGGCUGACAAUACUUUUAAUGAAGUGACCAACUUGGAUGGGGAGCUGCAAGAAAUGCUACGACAGCUGCAGGAUGCAGAGAACCUGCUGAAUAAAAAGCAGACGGAGGCUGGCCAGGACAUGAUGAUGGCACAAAUGGCUUCUGAUGCAGCAAAAGAAGCUGAAAGGAAUGCACAGAAAGCCAAGCUGUCUGUAAAUGAGGUCCUAGGCAUGAUCGUUGAAUUGCUAAGCAAGCUUGGUCAGCUGGACUCUGUGGAUGUUGGAAAGCUCAACGAGCUAGAGAGGACAUUGGACGAUGCAAAGUCUCAGCUCCGUGAUAGUGAUCUGGACCGCAAAGUGGCUGAGCUGGAAGAGUCGGCGCGGCUGCAGGACGCAGCACUUGACUCUUAUAAACGAGACAUUGACCAGAUUCUCCGGGACAUAGACAACUUGGAGGACAUUAAAAACACUCUGCCCCCUGGCUGCUACAACACCCCGUCUAUUGAGAAGCCCUAAAGCCAGGCCCUAUGGGAAGAAAGGAGGAGGGUUACUUGCAUCACCUUCCUCACCAACACCCACGUUUGGCUGUGAAGUGCCUUAUUAUUCACCCACCCCAGACUGUCUGCCCUAUACACUGUCCACUCCAUGCCCGCUGAAUAUUGAACUGAAGAGUUUGGGGUCAACAUUUGAAAAUGUGUUCCACCUAAAUUAUCAACCCCAUCUCACUUGUAGGUGAGGCGUCCACAUUAACUUUCUUAUGCUUCUCCAUCCAUUUACGACAUGGAGAGAGGAAUGACUGCCUGCAGGCUUCUGCAAGCCUCUUUUUCCACACCAGGGAGAGGGGGGCUAUGGCAUUCUUCUCAGUCCAGGGGGAAGGUUAAAGAGUUAACUGCAUCAGUGCUGAAGAUACCUGAGAUGCAAUGUGUUAACAGCCUUUCUGGCAUGCAAGUGGUUAAUAUGAAGCUAUGCUCUGCAGACCUCGUACGUAAGAGGGUUUUGCAGCAAUAUUCUUUUUGUAAAAAUGUUCAGUAUACACAUACACUACCAUGUUCCUCAUUAACCAACUGCCUGGGCAACUGCCCUGUAGCUUAGCCAAUCAAGCCAGUAUUAGCCCUGACAGCACUGCGCCCCAAAGAUGUAGGGGGUGGACUUCUUAAUUUGCUACAAAGAGGGGUCCUCUAAUGUAGGAACUGCAGAAUAGCUAUUUGCAGAAGUACACAUUGUGGCUGCUACCACCCAGGGCAAAAAAUCACGAUCAUUUGUAACAGCAGAUACGUUUGACCUGGCAUGUCAGAACAGAACAUGAAGAAUGAAUGGUGCAGGGCCAUUGUGGUCAGUUCCCCCUUCACAGUUCUGAGAUGCCAGUCCUCUGUUACAUGUGCUCCUUCAGUACAAUAAUCCCUCUGUACCCCACCCUGUAUGGGGGGGAGUAACCCUUUAAAUGACACUGGUGCUAUUAAUGAUUUUGAAUUUGCUUGAUUCCUGUGAGUGUUCUAUAUUUUUGUAUCUGGAUUAUAACUCAAGUUGAAUGUCUUUCCUUUCAGUUUUGCCUUUUCUUUGUGUAAAUAUAUUCCUAGUUGGGGGAAGGAGGAUUAGGAAAACAUUCUUCAUAGCAUUUGUCUUUUCUAUGCUAUUCACUACAUUGUUUCCCCGAACCUCCCAUUCUCUAUUUCAUCCCCUUGUCUGUCUCCCCAAAACACGUAACACAAACCUCUUUACGCAGACACACCUGCAGGGGUCAUAUUGCAAAUCCUCAGCCACCCCCUGAGCUCCCUAACGUGUCUGUUUCCUCUGUUUUGACAAGGUUUAACCCUAUUAAUGUUAAUAUCCACUUUUAAGGACCCUCCGCUACCCAGAGAUGUGUCGAAAUGGAUGAUGGGGACAUCUCUGGCAUCAAACAUGGUAAUCCCCUUUAUUAAUAAGCAGCAAGCAAUGGACUGUUACUGGAACAACAGCCUGUUCAAAAAAAAAAGGGAGGGUCAUCUGUGGUCAUUUUUGUCCAGGGGAAAAGGGGUUCAACAAAAAAAAUCACAACACCUUUUUUAUGUAUAAAACAGUAUUUCUUAUUUAUAAUAAAGUGAAUAUUUGUAACCCCUUA